AUGGGAAAAUCUUUAAGUAAAGACAGAAAUUAUGAAGAGUAUCUCCUUCUGUAUAGGAAAAUAGAAAGCGUUAAAGACAUUCAUUAUGGAGAUAUCGAUAUAAUGGAAUCGAAAGAUAAAAAAUAGAUUAUAGCUAUGAAAGAUAGAAAAUUUUAAAACCUUGAGAAAUUGAGGGAAUAGUUAGGGCAAAUUAGAAAGAGAAGAGACAACACUCAUCCUAAUUUUAUAUAGGUUUUAGAGUAUUUUGUGAUGAGUGAAGAUAAUUUUUGUACUUCUAUUUCUAGAUUGAUAUGGACAAUGGAGUAUAUUAAAAAAGACCUUACAGUAGAAAUACGUUAGCGUAAGUUGCAACAAAUUCCUUUCGAUGUUAGUGAAAUCUAAUAAAUUGCAUUUGCUAGCAUUUCAGCUUUCGCUAAUUUGUAAAGAGAUGGUAUUUACUUUAAUGAUUUGCGAGCUUAAAACAUCCUCUUAACAAAUAGUUUAGAGGUUAAAAUCUUAGAUCCUGUAUUUGAACCUAAUCCUCCUCUUCUUAUUUAAGUAUUGCAAACUUCCAAGCCUAAAAAGGGCACUUACUUAGCACCAAAUUAUUUAAAAUUUGCAAAACAAAAGAAUAUUCCACACAAAUUAACAACUCACAAAUCAGAAUCAUUUUCUUUAGGUUUCGUGUUAAUGGAAGCGUGCUUAUUGAAUGAACAAGAUGAAUGCUUUGAUUUUAGAGAAGGAACAAUUAAUCUUGAAAAUUAUAAAAAGAAUAUCCAGUAAAUUGAAGAUACAUAUGGAGAAGAAAUUAGUUCUAUGAUAAAAGAAAUGACCAAUUUUAAUGAAAAGCAAAGACUUGAUUUUAUUUAGUUAGAAACAAAGUAUAAUUUAAACACUAAGUUAGACAAGCCAAUGUAAUCAAGUUAAUUUUUACAAGGCUAUAGCUCGACAAGUAAAUUUCCAACUUCUUAAUCGUAGUUGAAGAUAAAUGGAGAUCAGUCAAUCAGCCAAAUUUCUCAUUUAGAUUAAAACAAAAAGUCUGCUUCACAAAAACAAAUUAGACCAUUGAGAUAAUUUGAUCUGUUAAACAAAAAUUCAUCAAAAGAAACAGUUAAUACUGAUCGCUCGCAAAAUACAAAAGAAAAAAACUAUUUUUGCAAGAUUAACUAUCAAACAUUUUAGCUUUAAAAAAUUGGGAGCCUAAACGUUGAUCAUAAAAACUUACCUACUAACAACUCAUUUGUUUCAAAUGCAGAAAGCUUUAUUCCUUUCAUCUAGAAUUUAGAUAGCCAUUAAAAUUUAAGAGAUAAAUAAACACCUCUGAAUAAGAAUAAAUUUUAAUAACAGAAUAAUAUUAGUGAAAAUAAAUAAAAUAAAUAAUAAAAUAAUUUAAGAUCUGACUAAGCAAUAACUCCAAGACACUCGAUUAGCUUUGUGCAUCAAGAAAAUUUUGAAAACUAUAAUUAAAAUACACUUAAUGUAAAUAAGCAAGAUGGAUUAAAGGAAAAUGAUAAAAAUGUGAAUGAAUUCAAAAAAAAUACUAAACUUUAAGGCUAAUUAUAAAAUUUUUAUUCAAACAUGAGGAGCUAAAACGAUAAAAGUAUAUUAAAUAACACUUAAAAGCUUAAUGCAAAGAAUAAAUCAAUAUCCUAAAUGCAAAAUAGCCUAUUAUAGAGCAUGAGAAUAGAUUAAGCAGGUGAAGACAAAGAAAAUUUUAAUUCUUCUAAUGCUGAAAUAUUAAAGUGUUUAAAAGAUGAAAGUAAUAUAGAAAAUACUUAAGAUGCCUAAGCUUAGAACUAAAAUACUUCUCACGAAAGUGUAUAUUUAACUGAAAAUAAUUUAAAUAAUCAAAAUCAGUAAAAUACACCAAUAUAGCAAACUACUAAUGAUAAUACACCAAAAAGACAAAUAUAAAGUAACAUUAAAAACAAAUCUUAUGAUUCACCUUACAAUUUAUUUGGAAAUAAUUUAAAUCCUAUUGAUGAAGACAAAAAUGAAAAAUACCAAAAAAGUAGCCCAUAACUCUAAAUAUCUGUUACUGCAGAUGGUGAUAUGAUAAGUGCUAUUGAUCCAUAAAGCACUACAACAAAAUAAUAAAAUAACUAGAAUUAAACUAACAAUUUAAAUUCUCUUAACAAAAAAUUCUUUAACAUCAGUGAAAUUAAAUUUGAGGGAAAUGGAAAUUAAAACUCAAAUACAACAAAUUUCAUCAACACAAAAUCCUCAGUAGUUCCAUACCAAACAAACAAUUAGCAAUAGUCAUUCUAUAAUAAUAGUCACUAUCAAACUUCCUUUAUUGAAGCAUAGUCUAUUUAUAUUUAAUAGAGAUCAAAUUCAUAAGUAAUUGAAGUCAUAGAAGAAACAUAUGAAGAUGGAUCAGUGUAUAGUGGGGAGAAAUUUAAAGGAAAGAGGCAUGGUAAUGGAAAAUUCUUGUAUGCAGAUGGAGGUCUAUAUGAAGGAUCAUGGUUUGAUGGAUGCAUGGAAGGGUAUGGAAAACUAUAUUAUCCCUCCGGAAAAUUAGCCUAUGAAGGAGAAUGGAAAAGAGACAAAUUUACAGGUUAAGGAGUUGUUUACAAUGAUACACCUGAAGAAUUAGGUGAAAAUCAAUCUUUUGACUUUACAGACUUUGACAAAAUGGGUGAACAUUGGAUUUAAUAUGAAGGAGGAUUUCUUGAUGACUAAAAGCAAGGAUAAGGUAUUUUAUACUUGUCAAACGGAAACAGAUUUAUUGGAGGUUUCUUAAAUGAUAUGGUAGAAGGUAUAGGUAUCUUUGUAAAUUAAGAGGGCAAGGAAAUCAAAGCUCAUUAUUCUCAAAACAAACUAUUAAAAUUACUCUGA